CACCGAAAGCCACAAGAAUCCAUCCGCUUCCUUCCUCCGCUCCGACCUCCGAAGAAACCCACCCCCAAAUCGCGCACUCGCCCGCACGAAUCUCCGCGCGCCAUGGCCUCCUCCCGGAACCCCGACGCCCCUGCGGCGCCGGCGCUGCCCUCGGCGCCCGCUGUGGAGCCGCUUGAGGCUCAAGCCCCAAACCCUAGCAUUGUUCCCAGCGACCCCCCGUCGCCAGAGAUGGAGGCCACGGCGGAGGCGCUCACGAGGGAGGAGGUCCUCCGCCGGCGCCGCCGUCGCGCGGCCCGGCUUGCGGGCGUGUACCGCCGGCUGUACUGGGCCAUGGCCGAGGAGGUGCGCGCGCGGCACCGGCAGUACGUCUGGGACCUUGCCCGGAGCCCGCUCGAGGCCGAGCAGCCGCCGCCGCCUCCCGGAGCCCCCAUCCCCGCGGUCGGGGAGCCGCCGCGGCCGGCGCCGGUGCCGAGAAGGAAGAAGUGCGGGUUCACGGGGUGCAAGGUGCGGGCCAUGGCGACGACCCGGUUCUGCCACUCCCACAUCCUGUCCGAUCCCAAACAGGUGCUCUACAAACCCUGCGCCUACAUAACCAAGAGUGGGGUACAGGGUGGGCUUGUCACCUGUGGCAGGCCAAUCAUAAAGUCUGCAGCUCCCUCGUUCUGCAAUAUUCACUUGCAAAGAAGUCAGAAGAGCAUUACACAAGCUUAUAGGAAGGUUGGCUUUAACCCACCCCUUACAGGCAAGGUCACCCCAAAGUUUAGUGUUUUGGUUGCUGAAUGUGUUCGUCAGAUCCAAGACAAAAGGAGACAAUCACGACAGAAAUGCCCUAAAGAUGGAAAAGUUGACUGACCCAUACAUUGAUAUCCAUCCGUGCGAACAAAAUUCAUGGAAAGUCAGGCAUUCUUUUGAGGUAUACCCAAAGUAUUGGUAAAGUACUCUGCCAGAUUGCGGCUGUCACCCUUUGUUGAAUGAUUUGAAUACUUGAAACUUACAGACAUACAUGAGUUAAAGUUUAAAGUGUCAUUGGAAGAACUGUUUUCUCAGGAAUGGUUCAGUAGCAUAUUUGAAACGAAAACUUGAAGGAGCAAGCUUGUGGUGAUAAUCAAGUAUCAGCUGCGAGGGCAUGCAGUUACAGAUUUCUCAGGAGGUCUAUCUUUUAUGUAUUGGGCAGUCUUAUAUCUUGAGCUUUAUGAGUUGCUGAACAUGUUUGGUCUGAUGAUGUGUUGAACCAUCAUCUGCUUGUUGGUCCUAUCAUACCCAAUACCUGCCUGCGUGAAGGCCUGUAACUGCCAGCAUUAAACCUAUCUACAUGGAUUCGUAUGAAAAGCAUGGUGACUCUUGUGGAUGUCACAAAUCUUUCUCUGAUUUGGAUUCCAUGUCAUGAGUUACACAGAUCAGAGUUUCAACCUGUGUAUUUGGUCAUGCAGAUUGCUUAGUGGCGGUCUAAUUGUUCAGCAUGGUGCACUCGGUAUAGAAAAUGCUCAUAUUGUGGAGAAAAAAGAAUUAUUUCUUGCCAAUUGGAGAUUCAAUGCAUGUGCUUGGAGUGUACUUUGUUGAGAGAUGUAUGAAUGCGAGAUAUGUACUUUCACGGACAUGAGCUGUACAUGGUAUCAGAUGCUACUUACAAGGAAUGUUUCGAUUAUGACGAACCAAAGGAAGAGCCUAAUAAAACAUGGAUUCAUGUGGAUACUGCAGAAUGCAUUUAUGUUUAUUGGAUGUCCGGUGCCUGGCAAUGGUAUAAAAUUUCAUGAUUUGCACAAAUGUUACCCAGAGUGGUUUUAUGGAUGGAGGCUGCUAGAAUCUGGCUACAAUGUGUAAGCAUUGUAAGCAUAUAUCAGAUACCGUGCAGGAACAAUGGAACAUAGUAGUGCUUGUUGCAGUUUCAUGGCUGUAAGAUUUCUGUCAUACUAGUGAUUGGUUACAGUUUCAUGACUCUUAAGAUCUCAGGUUUGGCAAGGUCUAAGGCAACUAAGAACAAACAAAUGAGCACCUUUCCUGAUAUCUCAUUAGUUUUGCUGUUGUUAGUUGUUAGAUAUUACCAUGUCAACUCUUUUAUUGUUUUUCUCAUGUUGUAAGAUUUGGAUUAUGUGCUUCAUAUGAUUAGAUACAUAUGUUCUAUUUUUGCCGCA